UAAAAUGAUAGAUGAAGAGAGCAAGGGCCAGCCUAGCCCUCAAAUUCAGCCUCCGAAUGACGGUGCCUACAAAAUGUCUGUCAAGGAAGUAGCCCUGAAACAGGAGCCGGUGCAGUACGAGCUGUCGCCGCUGCCGCAGCAGCAGCAGCAGCCGCAGCCGCUGCCCUUUAAGGAGCAGCCAUUAAAAGAGGAGCCAUUGCAGCAGGGCUUGAUUGGCGUGCAUUUGGGGCCUGGCAGGAAGAAGAGGCUCAAAAAGAAACGUGGUCGCCAUGCCAGAAAAAGAGCUGAUGUUUCUAAUGAGAAAUCUCACCCUAGAGCUGUUCAACCACCAGACAGAGCAGUUGCGCUUCCCUGUAAGUAUACACUCUUUGUUCUAGUAUAA